AUGCGAUUGAAACCCGUUGGCCCAAUGAUUCUCCGGACCGCCGUGAAGGAGGAUGAGAUUCUCAUGAACGGUCAGAUCUUGAGAGUGGAUGCGGGAACGCAUUUCAUAUUGAACAUCCGCGACUUCCACGUGGAUGAGGAGUACUUCCCAUCUCCGGCAGAUGUAAGUUUGGAGCGCUACAACGACCCCAAACAGAAGCAGUACUUCCAGCCCUUCGGGAGCGGCCCCAAGAGUUGUGUGGGGCAGCACUUUGCGAUGCUGGAGAUGAAGGCCAUUCUUUUUCAGGUCUUGCAGAACUUGGACUUCAGGACGAAGUCCGACUUGUUCACACUGGAAACCCGGUGGGACAUCGCAAACCACCCGGUGAAGCCGGACCGCUUUCAAGUGCGUCGCCGCACGGAAGGUUGUUGCCAGGCCGAGUGCCACGAAUUUCGUGAGAUCUACGUGUCCGCCGUGGUUUGUCCGCAGCACGCUGCACGGAUGUGUUGCAAACGGAUAACGAGCGAGGACUUCAAACGGUUCCGCGACCCUUGGGCCAAAGAGCUGCCAGGCUCGCGUGUCCGCGUGGAAACCUGUCCGGCUCCGGACGACGGGACCUUCCGCGUGCAGCGCGAGCUGCUGCUCUCCCAGCUCCGGAGCGACUCGGAAGACUCGGAAGGCUUCACCGUGGAGAGCAGUGAGGAGAGCGAUCGCAGCUUGGACCGUCGGAUCCAUGAGGAGGUCAUCGAUGAGCUGUGCUGGGCCUCACCAGAUCUGGAGCUCAAGGCCCGCUUCGAGGAGGGCUGCUCCCUACAAGAGGCACGGGCCUUCUGCCGCAUGUGCUUGUGUCAUGCGGACCGGCUUCAACAAGCGCACGCCCGACGGCGGGGCGAAGAGCCUCCAGAGGUCCAAAGCCCUUCGGUGCUGGUGCGGCAAAUCGCCAGUCAUCGAGAGGCCCGAGGCUUUGCACUCCUCUGCCUUCAGGCGAUUGAAGACUAUGAAUCCCUUGGCGAUGGCGUGGGUGAAACAGAACCAUCUUAA